UUGUUUUUUAGGGAAGAUGAGAAAGCUUUACAUGAAAUAGUCAAAGAAACUAAGCACAAUAAACAAGACUGGAAUCACUCCAUUCAAGCAUCACUUUCACGACAUCUUGAACCAAUUCAUGAAUCAAAUAAUCCACGCAAAAGUCUUUCGGUAAGCACUCAAAAAAUUCAUUCCCCUUACAAGCUAGAUUUUCUCACAACUGUUUUACGGAAAAAUUCAUUUUGUAAAGAAGUAAAAAAGGUAUUACUGAAGAAAAACAUUUACUUUUCUUGUAAGAUCAAUUCAAAGAUUAUACUUCAAGAUUUUUUAACCACAGUUCCUCGCAAAAGCGCCUCAGCAGAAAGCGUAGAUUACGUAGGUGGAGAGUCUACUGGUAGGAAUCGAAUCUUAAAAUGGUUGGGUUUUACAUCUUCAGAACCUGCAAACGACCAGCAGUCUCCCAAAAAAUCACCUAAACGACGAAUGUCAACGUUCACAUAA